AUGAAGUUCAGCAAGGUGAUCCCCCCCGAAACGCAGCAAGACGAGCAGUUUUCCAUGGUGGAGGACCUGAUCCACCAGUUCCUGGCGGGCACGAACUGCACGAUCUUCGCCUACGGGCAGACCGGCGCCGGCAAGACCUUCAGCAUGAUCGGCGAGUGCCAGGAGGAGGGCGAGCUAAUUGCCGACAUCGAGGGGUAACGGCGAGGCAUCCUACCCAGAUCGUUAGAACUAAUCCUCUCCUAGCAGUGCAAGAACAAGGACCACGAGCUACUGCUGUCUUUCUUCGAGGUCUACAACGACAAGGUGUACGACCUGUUCUCGCUCUAGGACUAUCCCCAGCCCCUCGAUGUCAGGGAGUCCAAGUCCGGAGAGAUCACCAUCCCCGACACAGAAUUCCAGGUCCGCUCCCUGGAAAGCGCCAUUGAACUGCUCCACGCGGGGCUGCACAACCGAGUUACAGGUUCCACCGCCGGCAAUAAGCAGUCCUCCCGAUCGCACUCGAUCUUCCAAAUAAAGCGGCGCAGGCUCGGCCGGGGCAAGUAACCCGGUGAGAGCCUGCUCCGGAUCGUGGACCUGGCCGGCUCCGAAAAGUACAAGAUCCCGAACAACAUCAGCCUGCAGGAGAAAGAGGUCCGGGUGCAGGAGCUGACUUACAUCAACGGCUCCUUAUCCAGCCUCGGCCAGUGUAUCUCCGCCCUCAUCGAGCGGUCCAGGACGCAUAUCCCUUUUAGGAACUCGAAGCUGACCAGGGUCCUCGCGGAUUCGCUUACUGGCACUGGCAGGAUGGUCUUUAUAGUCUGCAUCUCGCCCUCGGUCUCCGCCACGGCUGAAACCUUCUCGACCCUGCAGUUCGCCAACCGAGCCAAACGAGCCGUACUUGAGGCCCGACCUAAACUGGACAAGAAAAAGUCGGAUGACGAAAUCGAGAGUUUGAGGAAGGAGCUGCAGGAAUAGCGGAAUCUGCGGAUCGAGCUGGAAAAGCAGCUCAAGCACAGAGACGAGUAUCGCCUGAUCCUGGAGAACAAAGCCCGCCCCAAGCCGGACAAACACACCUUCGAUCUGGACGAGUUCGAUAGCUUCGACUUCAACAAGCCCAGCAAGGAAAAGCUGUCGAUGGAGGAGGAGAUUAAGAAGGCGGUGAAGGGCCUCAAGGGACUUAAACAGCGGGACAAGGAGCUCGAGAAAGGUGGGGCCAACUGUGAUGAAAUUCAGCUGGGAGAAGUCAAGACCCAGGUGGUGGCGGGGCUCAACACCGACGUGAGGAUCGACUGUCUGAUUGGAGGGGAGGUUGCCACCUCGUACUUUCUGACCCAGUUCGAACAGGCCUGGACGAACACCCUUGAAAUAACAGAAAACGUGUUCUCAGUCAACUUUAAAGUAGAGCCGGAGGAGGACGGCUAG